UGAUGUGUUCACUCGUUAGGCGGCGCAACUCCACGCUCACUUUUACUCUGUCGGAGGCACAGUAGUGAGUGCAGGAAGGGGGCAGGGUUGACGCUUUUCCUUUGCCUGUAGACCGUCACAAUUUGCUGAAUCACACAAACUCUUCCGCAUCGUCAAAACUUUGAAGACAUAUCGCAUUGGAUUCAGUCCGUGGACUCACACCGCGACAUUUCUUCCACCGCGAGACAGAGAAGGGAAGGUGUCCCAAUCCGCGCAACUCCUCUUCCUGGCGAGAAGAGCUUUCUUUUUCACUUCUGCCUUCUGUCACCUACGGGACCACCGCUCGACACAAGCCUUUAAAAGUUUGCCUUUGGUGUGAAUGUGCUGGACUCGUCUGAGAAAUGAAGCUCAGCAGACAGUUUACAGUUUUUGGCAGUGCCAUAUUCUGUGUGGUGGUAUUUUCCUUGUACCUGAUGUUGGAUCAUAUUGAUCACAGCAAAAAUCCGAACGGAGAGAGGAUUCAGAACGGACAGAUUGGUAUUCUGCAGGACAAAAUAGACCACUUAGAGAGACUGCUUGCGGAGAACAAUGAGAUCAUCGGCAACAUAAGAGACUCUGUAAUUAACCUGAGGGAAACUGUGAAAGAUGGGAAGAUGUUUCCUGAAGCGAACAUGAGUCAGGGGAAUUUGGAAUUGCUGCCCCCUGCUCCUGCGCUGCUCCCCAUCCUCUCAGAUGACUGCCAGUUUGCUGGACGGACCUACUCUAAAGCAGCAGAUGGAGUACAGAUGCUGGAUGUUUAUGAUUUGCUCCGCUUUGAUAACCCUGAUGGCGGGGUGUGGAAACAAGGCUUUGAUAUCUCUUAUCAGGAGAAUGAAUGGGACAAUGAGCCACUCCAAGUCUUCGUUGUGCCCCAUUCUCACAAUGACCCUUGAGUCACAGCGUUUGUUGACCAUUGCC